CUGGGAGCUGGUUGUGUGUGGAGGGGGGGUUCUGUAGUUUCAGGGGCGGGGCUGGGGCUGUGGGCGAAGGCCCAACAUAUAACUGUGGGCAGCUGCAGUCUGAGGCCCCAGACAUCCUGCCUCUCUGAGCUGAGCCGACAACAUGAAGGCCCUCCUGGCUCUGCCCCUGCUGCUGCUGCUCUCCACACCUCCCUGCGCCCCACAGGCCUCCGGGAUCCGGGGAGAUGCUCUGGAAAAGUCUUGCCUUCAGCAGCCCCUAGACUGUGACGACAUCUAUGCCCAGGGCUAUCAGGCAGAUGGUGUGUACCUCAUUUACCCCUCGGGCCCCAGCGUGCCAGUGCCUGUCUUCUGUGACAUGACAACUGAGGGUGGCAAGUGGACGGUUUUCCAGAAGAGAUUCAAUGGCUCAGUGAGUUUCUUCCGAGGCUGGAACGACUACAAGCUGGGCUUUGGCCGUGCUGAUGGAGAGUACUGGCUCGGUAAGCAGAGGCUGGAGGGCCAGGGUGGGGGUGGGGGUUGCCCCUCAGCCAGGUCUUUGCUGACCAGCUGCCACCCCUCCCCAGGGCUGCAGAAUCUGCAUCUCCUGACACUAAAGCAGAAGUAUGAGCUGCGAGUGGACUUGGAGGACUUCGAGAACAACACGGCCUAUGCCAAGUACGUUGACUUCUCCAUCUCUCCCAAUGCAGUCAGUGCUGAGGAGGACGGCUACACUCUCUACGUGGCAGGCUUCGAGGAUGGCGGGGCAGGUGACUCACUUUCCUACCACAGUGGACAGAAGUUCUCCACAUUCGACAGGGACCAGGACCUCUUCGUGCAGAACUGCGCAGCCCUCUCCUCAGGGGCCUUUUGGUUCCGAAGCUGCCAUUUUGCCAACCUCAACGGCUUCUACCUGGGCGGCUCCCACCUUUCCUAUGCCAAUGGCAUCAACUGGGCUCAAUGGAAGGGCUUCUACUACUCCCUCAAGCGUACAGAGAUGAAGAUUCGUAGGGCCUGAGGGGCUGGCCCAGGCAGGCCCCAUCCCUCUCCCUGAGUGCUCCCUCUAUACCCUACCCCGCAAGACACUGCUUCUGUUGCUUCUUUCUGCUGCUUCCUGAGCACCAGCAAGGCCCCUGGCACAUCUCUGUACCAUAUCUGGACUAACAUUCCUAAGCCAGGUCCUGCAGCCUUCCACCAGAUGCAAGGCUGUCAGCAGCCCUCCAGGCCUUUUCUGUGGCACAGCCAUCCCAGCCUGGAUCUCGCUGGAUUCCAUGAAAACUCCAAGUUGCUCCCAGCCUUCACAACAGCUGACAGCCGGAGCCAUCUUGUAGCUGCAGCUUCUGCGUUCCACUUCAGCCAGUUCCCUUAAUGCAGACCCAGCUGGGCCUACCCUAGACAGAGCAGUGUAGCAUAUGCCAGCCAGGUCAGGCAUGGCCACUGCCACACCCCAGCACUCCCUAUGGCCGUCCUCAGAGUACCCUCACCAACUCAUUCCCUUAUAGUGAGCACCAUGGAGCCUAGCCCCACCUCACUACAUACCCAGCUCCCUCACCUGCCUGCUGUAGUCCCUCAAAGCUCAGUGACAAAACCAUAUUCAUCGAAGCUACAAGCUCGUCAACCCUCAAGUAGCCACAGGCAAGGUAGGCAGAGAAACUCAGUUCCUAUAUGCCCUAGGGAAUGAAGUUCAUCCAUGAAGGGUAGCAGAGAACAAUCUGUGGGGCUGGAAGUAGGUGGGGAGUGGAGGUCUCAAUAAACCUUCAGGACCUGAUGGACUGGCUUUGUGAACACAAACAUUUGCUUGCCCCACAAAUGUGAGCACCUGGCUCUUCCUUACACCUUCACUAUAUGAGUAGUGAUGGUAUCCUGGA